AUGAGGAUUACCAACUUACCAUGCGAGAUUGUCGUGGAAAUUCUUGGCCAGCUCGACAAGAUACAGGACCUUAAAGCUCCUCUGCUGUCUUGUCGGUUGUUCUACAAUGCAUACACGCAACGGCCUCGUCUCGCCCAGCAAAUCGUUCGGAAACAGAUACCCACGCAGCUGCUACCAUAUGCAGUCGCAUUGAUCUAUGCACCGCGAACUCGUAAAUUUGCACUUACGUUCAAUGCCCUCAACUUGACACCUGAGGAUGCAGAUACGUUGAUCUUCAGCUCCACAUUUGAAGGCGCUGUUGCAUCGACAAGAUGUUUCCAGACAUUCUCGCUUCCUCACCUGUUGGCUAUGGAAGCAGCCCACGAGCUCAUUGCCGAAUUCGCAUCCCAUUUUGCCGAAAAAGCCUGGACCGCCGUCUCGGACACAUUGAACGACACGACGUCCACGAAGUCGAUGCCGAGUCACCUGGAUCUAUCCCAGAAAGAGUGGCUCCGCUUCUGCCGGUGCUUUUAUCGAGUGGAGCUUUAUCAUGGCCUCUUCACCAUGUACGGUUCUGACGAAGCUAGGAAUGUCCAUAUGACUCAAGGGGAUGUGUCAUUAGAGUCAGGAGUUCGGUUCAAGAACAGAGGCCGAUUGAACCUUGAAACAUGCAUGCUGGCUGAUCUUGCACUCUGGGAGGUCGAGCAGCUAGGUGCAGCGAUGGAGUAUCUGAGCGAUCGAUUCGUGGCAGCUGCAGCAGGAGCUUUAGCCAACGAAGUUAUCGAGCAUCGAGGCUUGGUAUACCUUCGAAGUCUCGAAAAGAAGUCAUACGUUGAGAAGAGUGAUCUCCUAUACAGCAAACCACGUAUGUUCCUAUCUUAUUUGUACCUGGAACUCCGGCUGCUGCAUAAUGUUCAUAAGAGCGAGGCUCGGCAUAACACCAAGCUGGAUGCAUCAUGGCAAGAGCCGAACUUAUCGGACAUCGACGGUGAUGAAGGACCUCGAAAGGCGCUAGACUGUAUCGCGCCUCAUCAUGUGAUGGAAAUCGGAUUGGAAGGCCUCAGGGAGCGGGCAUACGUGUUUUGGGACCAAGAACGCUUGGAAAAGUACGACUUUUUCUCAGUAAUCUCAUCCAGCACCCCUUUCCGCGGCGUCAACAGCUGA